AUGACUUUAAAACGAACAGUACAACAAUUAUUUGAAACAAACAGCAACUACUUAGAUGCCCAGCAAGCACUAAAUCAAGCUUAUUCGCUUAAAGCUCUAUCAGAUGAUUUAUAUACUGAUCCUUUACGAUUCGUUUACGAGCUCAUUCAAAAUAGUGAUGAUGCAUAUGAUGGCUAUAAAACCAAGGCACCUAUCGUACAUAUCGCAAUCGUCGAUAAAAAUUAUUUGAUUGUUGCCAACUAUGGAAAACCAUUUUCUGAACGGGAUGUACGAGGAAUCUGUUGUGUAGGAUGUGGAACCAAGAAGCUUGAUCACGAGAAAACUGGCUAUAAGGGGCUAGGUUUUAAAGCUGUAUUUGGUAAAUCUGAUUAUGUAUUAAUUGCAUCGAAAGGAAAUUUUUUUCGAUUUGAAACAAACUCAAAAGCAUUUAAAUGGAACGAAAAAUGGGGAAAAGAUCAAACUAGUUGGGAAACGUUAAACCAGCAAAAUUUUGUAUAUCCAUGGCAGAUUUGUCCUCUAUGGACAGAAACUGCUCAAAUUCCUGAACCUAUUCGAGAAUGGCUGUUUGCUCAACCAGAAGUAGUAGCGACUAUAAUUCGACUAAAAAACAUUUCUGAAACACAAGAAGCUAUAGAAAUGUUAACAAAACAACCUUACUUAUUCAUGUUUUUAAGACACAUAAAAGAUGUUCGAUUUUCUAUCAGUACUCUAGUAGAAACUUCAUUAAAUAUAUCGGUGCUUAAAGAUGGUUCGAUCAAGAUUUCUUAUGAUAAUAAUAAAGCAACAUCUCAUUGGCUAUUGUAUUCAUGUAGAUUAAAUGUUCCAGAGACAGUGCUUGGAGAUAUUCGAUUACCAGAGAAACUAAAUCAAGACAAAGUUGUUGAAAUGACUCUUGCAGCCAAAAUCGAUGCAAAUGAUAAAAUUGAGCCUGUCCGUGGAAGUGAUAGCGUGCUGUUUGCUUAUCUUCCAACAAAAAUAUCAACUUAUAAUCUACCUAUUCUUGUUAAUUCGAAUUUUUUAGUUAAUGCUAGUAGAGAACACAUCCAUGUAGAUUCAUUAUGGAAUCAAUGGCUUUUCUCCUGUAUUCCUAACGAAACCUUCAAAUGGAUUCAAGAAUUAACAAAAAAUGCCAAAUGGAGCGAAAAAGCAUACGAUCUAUUACCAAAUAUAAUACCUGCCAAGGAUAAGUUGGCCGACAGAUACAAUCAAAGUUGUAAUGAUAGUGUUAAAAGAAUUCCGUUCUUGCUCAGUAUUGACAAGAAUUCUCUGUCGAUUAACGAAGCCGUAGUUGACCUUACGAUGUUCUCCAGUGAGAACUGCAUUGGGCAUGAGUUAAUUCGAGAUUUCAUAUUGCAUAGGUCUUCGCCAAAAUUAAGGCUCGCGCGAAAUCCGUUCGUUACAAAUAAUCAUCGUCUUCGAAAUCUUGGAAUUACACAAUUUACCUGGGACAGAUGCAUGGAAAUGUUACAGCCACGUUAUUUUUCGUCAAAAUUUACUUGCGAAUCCGACAUCAAAUUUAUUCAAUACUUGUAUAUUCAACGGAAUUCAACACAAAUUCAAAAGCGACUGUAUGAGAUACCAUUUAUGAUGGACCAAUCAGGAUGUCUUCGGAGAGUGCAGGAGAUUUAUUUUCCUUCACGAUUUAGCAGUGCUGAUUGGCUUAUGUUGGAUAGUACGGACGCUUAUGUUCAUCAAGAAGUGAUGAUAUGGUUAGAAACUCAACUUCCUAUUAAACAAUGGCUUCGAAAACUUGGUAUUAUUGAGAAAACCGACAUGACAUUUGUCGAGCAGUAUCUGAUUCCAAAUGUUCGUACCUACAUUAAUCAAGCAAAUGCUAUAAUUACAAUAAAAAGAUUGUUUGUUCUGUUCCAAAAUGGAUCACUUACCACACAACAUUUUCAUGAACUGAGAAAAUUGAAAUUAUUAUCUGCAAACGGAGCUCUAGUACCGGCUUACCACUUAUAUUUUUCUGCGGACUAUUCCCCUCAUCUUUCACUCGAUUUUCUUGAUCUUGAUGCUGCAUUAUUUUUAUCUCCAUCAUAUUUGGAAAUAAUAGAAAAAAUACCAGCGCACCAAUGGAAAUACUUCUUUCAAUCUCUUGGAGUUCAUGAAAAUAUAUGUUUGAUGCCUAUAGAUGAUGAUUGGUACAGUGAACUUGUUCAAGCAUAUAUAUGCGCACAUACAAUGAAUCUUCCAUCUUACAUGGCUUUUGCAUUUAAGAAUCGUAUGACUAUUCUGCAUAUUGAACUCACACAAAUAAAUUAUCAGUUUUCCGUCUACUUUUGGGAGCAUGUUAUUCGCUCAAUUAAUAUUAAUCAAUUGAAUGAAUUUGAAAUGCUUCUUGGUCAACGUCGAAUUCCAAUAAGUAACUUACCUCAGUGGUGUGUUCGCACACGUUUAUGUAUUCCGACAACAACAGGCGUAUUACUACCUAGUACUGAAGUAUUUUCUAAUAGCUUACUGACGAUUGCUGGUAGGUAUUUGCCCGUUUUUGUUUGCCACUUGCGUAAUCCUCAUUCUGAUGCAUGGCUAAAGUUUUUUGGCUUUAAAACAGAACUUUCUAUUGACAAUUGUUUGACAUUGUUGGCUCUUGUCUACCUUCAUUCACAGAAUACAGGGCUAGACGAUGACGAUGAAAGACGUAUUCAACUUAUAUAUACAAGAUUGAUUGACGAUUUAUCAAGAAUGGAUCAAACGCGCCGAAACCAAUGUAGAAUAAAGCAACCUAUUUAUCUACUCAGCACAAACGAAACUCAAUUCAUGGCCACGAUAGAAUUGGUCUAUUCAAACGAUAACAAUUUUGUUUUACCAAAUCGAGUCGCUCAAUUAAGAUUGAGCCGGGAAAAUGCUUCCAACGUUCAUAUCGAUUUAUUAUUGGAAAUGUUUAAUGUGCGACAAGUGAGAUUGAAACACUUAUCACUCUCGGACGAUACAAACGCCCAACUUUCACGUUCAUUACAUAGCAAAUUAAGAAAUAUUCAGCCUUACUUGUUUGCGCUGGCUGAAUUUCGAAAAAUUAAAGAUCAUUGCAUUGAUUACGACUUUGAGAUAUUUGAAGCCGAUCGGCUUGAAUUAUGCUAUGAAAAGAAUAUUCCUAUCUGUCAGCGAUCUGUUUACUUAGAUAAUAACCAAUUGUUCAUAAAACGACCUUGGAAUUCUAAUGAAACGAUGCAAACAUUAUCUGAAAUAUUAUGCAAACAGUUCAAACUUUCGCCCGAUUUCGAACCGGAUUUGCAUCUAAUGUUGAUGGCUGAGUCUUCAGCAGUUAUUGAUAAGCACCUCUCUCAAUGGGAUAUAGCAGUGCAGACUAGUCUAUUCGAAGAUUUACUCAGUACAACUGGAACGCGAGAAAAAUUCGCAACAAUGAUUGAUCGUGAUAAUACUAAAUUAUUUUCUAAUCUAAAAAUCACUGAUAAUAACAGUUCUGCUGAUGUGCUACUUGCUGGACUUGAAGCACAAGAAUCUGAAUGGUCUGGUUGUGUAUAUCAUUUUUCACAUUUAGAAAAUACGGCAAAUAUACUUCUUGAUCGUAAGUUAAAAGCACGCGGUCAACUUCCGUUCAACGAUUUCAAGGAUUCGGCCGCUGAAAAUGUUAUCAAAUCGACUCGUACCAAUGCAAAAAACUAUGUUCGAUUUUAUUUUCGUCCUCUAACACCUACCCAACGUUGUAAUGAAAAUCUCGGCUCGGCUGAUUUGAUCGAACAGUAUGGAAAUAAACCCAUGUGUCCAGUACCAAUCUUUUUUUGCUUCAAUUUGAAAGCGCUUUUAAGUAUUAAAGGCCUUCAGUGGAAAGUCAGCUUAGGUAAUAUGGCAAGUUAUCAUACACAAUUUGAUUGUACACGAGAAAUUAUAGAUAAAUUUGAUUAUCAAUAUGUCUAUGCUGAUACACGUACUGAGCGAGGCAAGUACAGUUCGCAACAAGAGUUUCUCAUAGAAUCAGAGUUAGAUUUCAAUCAUCUAGCUAAAAACGAUAUAACACUAGUUUUCCAAGAUGAAAAUGCUUUCAACAGCUUGAAGCUAAUGGUACCCACUCUAGAGUAUCCAACAAGAAUGGAUUCACAAUUUUUUUUUGGAUAUAAUCCACGCGUUGUGAUUGAACAUUGCAAUUUAAAUUCACGAAAAAUCGUUAUAUACAUCAAUAAAGGACUAGGAUCUAGUGAUGAUGGUAAAAUACUUGUUCAGAUGGCUUCAAAUAAUAAUACUAAAACUAUAACGGGAAAGUUAAUUGGUGUUUUUAUAAGGGAUGAUACAUUUACAAUAUUAGGAAGAGAACGCAUUUCAUUUGUACCAGAAAUUGAUGAUUUAAAAUAUGCUGUCUAUUAUAAAUACGCAAAGCAAAUAUGGCUCGUUUAUACUAAUCACACCAGUCCGAAAUAUUGCAGUCCGGAAAUAGACCAUGAUGAUGUUUGA